AUGCCACUAGAACAGAACCCCCUCACAGGCGAACUCUUCCUCCGUCUUCCGCCCCCUCAUACAGAUAUCAUCAUCACUCCCGCACGACUAGCGCCGCAACCAUACCCAUACCCUGCUGAACAGGACAAGUCCAAGUCCUCUGAAGCGGACCAACACGGGCAUAAUCAUGAUCAUGAUGGCGAUGGUAAUGAGGAUGACGACGAAACCAUCAUCACCACCGCCCUAAACGACCCUCGUGUGUACCCCUUCCUCGAAAGCCCGCCUUUCCCUUAUCGACGGGAGAACGCGGUAGAUUAUGUCUGGAAGGUGGAUGCGGAGUGUCGGCAGAUCUUGUCCUCGCCAGAGUUGCAGAGGCAGAUACAGCGACAGUUGCAGAUACAGCGGGAACGACAAGAUCAGGGGGACCAUGCUCAGGGUCAGGAUCCGUGUGAAGGAGGACAAGCAGCAUCGUCAUUUGCAGACGGCUGUCCGUUCCGGUUCAUUCGAAAGGUGGUGGUUCCUGCUACCACCUCCAGCACCAGCACUGGGAAGAGCGACGACGGCGUCAAAGAGCCCACCAAAGAAGUGCUCAUAGGCGACAUUAUCCUCAGGCGCUACCCAUUCUACGAAAUCCCGCCGGACAGGAGCGAGGAGAGGGACCGAGCGAGGGAGAAGAACGAGGCUUUGCCUGCUGGACAUCCGGAUUUGAUUUGGGGGGUUGGCUUCUGGCUCCUUCCCACCUACCACGGUCGAGGAAUCAUGACCUCCGUCCUGAGAACAAUCAUCACCGACUGGGCCAUCCCCUGGAUGAACGUGUCUGUGCUCAAGGCAUCUGCGUUCGUGGGCAACGACCGCAGUGUUGCCGUGUUUACGAAGAAUGGGUUUGUGUUGGAGCGGACGGUCGAGAAGGGGAGUGCUGUGUUGCAUGAGGCAAAGGGUGGAGGAAGGAAGGAUAUUGUCGUUUUGAGGUGGAAUAGGUCAGGAGCAAAGGAGAGAGAGUGA